ACUUUAUAGGUUAAAAUCCUGUCAAUAGUAGAUGUUUCCCGCGGCCCACUGCGACGAAAAGAGGACCAGCUGACGGAAUUUAUCAGAAAAAGACCAGUUCUUUGUUGCUAAAGCGAUAACUAAAUAUUCCGAGUGCCAACCGAUAGGAUUUUUUCCGAAAAUCAGUAUGUCUCAAGAACUCACGGCAGGUGCCCAGGAAGACAGUGACGCGAUGUCGUAUUACAGAAAGGAAGCCUGUAAAGUGGUCACUUUCCGGAUAGUGUACGAUAGGGAGCCCGGGUCGAACGGGUACGAUGUCGUCACGUUCGCCCCCGAAAUGGCCCAUCAAGUGUUUGGGGAGAGUGAAUCGAUUUUUGGGUACAAACAGAUUGCCAUCACCAUCGAUAUGCUGCACAACUCCUGCCGGUGUUUCCUCUCUGUGAUGUUCUCUGGAGCGAUCCAGAGAUUGUAUAGUAAGCCGGACGACGUGAAAAAGGCCCUGAAUCCUUGGCUGCCGGCCAAUUACACCAAUGACCCCAGCGAGUUUGAGCGCCUGGUGGACAGUGAGGAUCACGAGAAGAUGUUCGGGGAAGUGAUAAGUUCCUACAGCGUCCCCUCUGCAAGAUUUUCCCAGCAGAACGUCCAGAGCAAAAUCAUAAUCACCAAAACCGACACAAGCAGUGCGGAACUGCGGGACUUUCAUGCCAGGUUCGAGACCUACAUCGUCUGGUUUAUAGACGCGGCGAAUUUCAUCGACCUGGAGGACGACCGGUGGCUGAUCUUUUACGCAUACGAAGAAUUCCAACACCCCAUCAGCAAGAAGACCUACAAGACCCCAAUAGCUUAUUGCUCAGUCUACAAAUUCUUCUCAUUCCCCAGCAACGUCCGAGCCCGGAUCAGCCAAUUUUUCGUAUUGCCUUCGCACCAACGCCGGGGCAUCGGCACCGCUUUGUAUCGAACCGUUGUCGAAACGCUUAAGGACAUGAAGGAGGUGGUAGAUUUCACCGUCGAGGAGCCGACCAGCGCGUUUCAGAGGAUUCGCGACCUGGAAGAUUCCCUCAUCGUGCACCAGGCGCUGCAAGAGAAGAGAGUGAAUUACCUCAAAGUGGAGGCGAGCGCAGUGCUCGAAUUGGGCAAAGGGAAGAAGAUCGGCAAAAAGCAGAUGCAGCGGGUGUACGAUAUUUUGGGCCUCUAUUACGCCGACAGGACAGGGCCGGCUUGCAGCGAGAAAAUUCUCAGUUCAAUCAGAAAUAGAGUCACCCAGCAGAACAUGAGAGAGUUGCGACCUGGAAAACGCUUCUGCAGAUUGGACGGAUCCGCGACCCCAGUGCAAACCACGAAGAAGGAUGAGAUCGAGAACGACUUGAAGCGGUAUUGCGACGACAUCCAGUCAUCGGCGGACCAUUUAAAAGAGAAAAUGCCCACACGGUCCAAACGCAAACGAUAAUCGGGUGCCUUCCGCGCGAAAUGUGUUCUUUUGUGUAACAAUCAAUGUUUAUUGGCCAGCGCCACGCAAGUGUCUGUCGAGUUUCUAGUUAUCACGUUCUUUUACUUAUCGAGCUGAAUUCCAUUCAGUUUUCAAUUAUUUUCCCUAUAAAUCUCUGUAUUUUUUUAA